AUGGACAAGCGUGAGCAGAACAUUCCAAUCACCCCGCAGGAGGGCCACACGCUGUUCUACAACGCGGCAGACGACCCCGACGACGAUGGCCUGGCCAACCUGCGCAGAAUGGCCUACCUGAACCAGAACGAUAUCGUCACGUGCAACCAGAAUGCCGACCCCAACGAGGAUCAGAGCGAGACCGACUGCCAGCAGCUCAACGGCGCCUCGGCAUACUUUGACGGGGGUGUGAUUGAGAUGAAGCAGAUUGGAGAGCACAAGGUUAUGAGCACGAGGAAUAAUGACUUCUCCAACCGGUCUCAGAAGGCCACCAUCCGCGUCGUGCCGAAGAGCUGGAAGUGGUGGCAGAUCCUGCUCGUGGCCGCUGGCUCGGUCCUCGGGGCGGCCGUGGCGGCCUAUUUGGGCGCCGCCCUCUACGCGUACAAGAAUCCGCGGUCUUGGCUGUUUUCCCCGAAGUACAGGCCGCGGGUGCUGAGGUGGGUCGUCAAGCCGCAGACGCUGGAGCGGCUCGAGAGCGUGCGCAAGGCGACGCCGCCAGAGGCGCUGGUGGCCUCGGGCCAGGUGAGCGUCUCGGCGGUGGCGGCGUCGUCUGCUGCGCCCGCGUCGCCUGCGGCUGGAAGGAAUCGAAUAGGCGUCCCAGAACACCCCGACGGAGUCGGGCGGCCUCACCAAGGCCUGGGGCCAGAGCUGGGCAGACUCCGCCCUCGUCUGUGUCGGCUGCGCUGA